AUGGCAAUGAAUGCUACAUCUUUCGAUCACAAUUCAACUGAUGCACCUGGAAAUGGCACCUUGAAACUUGACCAAUUUGCAGACUUGAAGAAGUCUCUCCACACCAUGUCUCUCAUUGUUUACUGCCUGGCCUUUGUCCUCGGUGUGCUCGGGAACGGAGUGGUUAUCUGGGUGACCAGCUUCAAAAUGAAGCAAACCGUCAAUACGGUGUGGUUCCUCAACCUGGCUGUGGCCGACUUCCUCUUCACAGCAUUCCUGCCUCUCAGCGUGACUUACACAGCUAUGGAUUUCCACUGGCCUUUUGGGAAGUUCAUGUGCAAGUUGAGCACCACCAUAAGCUUCCUGAACAUGUUUGCCAGUGUCUACAUCCUGGUGGUGAUCAGCGUGGACAGAUGUGUGUCCGUGGUGUGGCCCGUCUGGGCCCAGAACCACAGAAAUGUGCGCAAGGCUUCCUGUGUGAGUCUGUGUGUUUGGGUGCUGGCUUUGAUUCUCAGUUUUCCAUACUUCUUCAUUAAGGACACUAAGGUUACAAAAGACACCAUCACCUGUUUGAACAGCUUUACAUUUUUUGGUCGGCGGGCCAUAGUCAUCACCCGCUUCCUCCUAGGGUUUGUCAUCCCGUUCACUGUCAUUGUCUCCUGUUAUGCCGUCAUAAUCCACCGUAUCAGAAGAAACCCUGCCCUAGCUAGUCAAUCGAGUCGCCCAUUUAAGAUAAUGGCUGCCAUCAUCAUCAUUUUUUUCCUCUGCUGGGCUCCUUUUCACAUCAUGGGUCUAAUAGAGUUGACAGUAUUCACUAUAGCUAAUCAAAGCAAAACCCUGACAUAUGCCAUUAUGAUUGGGACCCCUCUUGCCACCAGCCUGGCUUUUCUCAACAGCUGUUUGAAUCCACUGCUUUAUGUGUUUGUGGGCCAAGAUUUCAAAAACAAUGUCUUUAAGUCCAUCCUGCAUGUGCUGGAGACUGCCUUCCAUGAUGAUGAGAUGCACUCUUAA